CCUUUCUUUCCUUUUCUUCUUCUUUUCUUUUUUUUAUUACCUUCCUUUCCUUUUUACACCUGAAGUAGACACAAAGCAUUAAAAACAAGAUUAAAACAUGAAAAGUUUAAUACUUUUCUCAAUUCUUUUGAGCACUUUAAGCAGUGUUCAUGCUUACUAUUUCAUGGGCAGUUUGACAAACGUGCUCCCCUUUAAGAGCAUGAUGGCAUCAGCACAGUUUAACAAUUCACUUUAUCUCUUUGGUGGCGAGAAUUCUACAACUCAUUAUUCAAACGACCUUUAUAAGCUCACACAGACAUCUGAUGGUUAUUCAUGGUUAACAGUACCUCAAAAGAACCCAAUUAAUGGAACAGCCGGGAGUCAAGCUUUUGUUACCUCUGAUCAACAAAACUUGGUUCUCUUAGGUGGUGACUCUUUUACCGAAGCCAAUGCAUCUAACUAUCUUCCACUUCAGAUCUAUACUUACAACUUUGCUUCUCAAACUUGGACCUCAAAGACACCUACCAACUUCACACUUGAUAACACAGCUUGUGUCAACCGACAGGCAUUCUCUGCAACCUACGACAGUAAGAACAAAGUCAGUUAUAUCUAUGGUGGAUUCGCUCGUCAGGCUGUCCUUGAUACCCUUCAUAAAAUGGAUGAAAACUACCAGACAACCUCGCUAAAACGUUCUCCUGAGGCUCGUUAUGGACAUACGACUUCUAUUUUAAGCUCUGGACAACUGGUCGUCAUCGGUGGUGUCGCCAGUGUCAACGGUACAUCUGCACUUGCAAGUAUGAGAUAUGUCUUGGUUUACGAUCCUGUUAAGGAUCAAUGGCAACAACAAGGCGUUAACGCGAUGAAUGGUUAUUAUCCUUCUACCACUUCAGAUCAUGUCGCAGUUGUCAACUCAAACGAUCAAAUCAUCAUCUUUGGUGGUAAAAACAAAUGCAGAUAUAUUUAUAGAGAUCGACACCAGAUCUAAGCACUUUUUUUUGUGUGUUAUUAGGCGAUAGCAGAGACCCAGAAAGAACAAGACAAUACCUGAAUGCCAUUGCAAUACUUGAUACCAAGACCUGGACUUGGUCUGUACCUACUAUCAAGGGUAUUCCUCCUUCUCGUCGUGGAUUUGCUGUUGGCGGCCUUUUGGAUGGAUCUCGUUUGACAGUAGCAUUUGGUAAAUAGAAUAAUAGAUCAUCUAUACCCCCUCCUUAAUAACACUCCUUAUUAUUAGGUGGUGCGCUCAAUAACUUUUAUAACGACG